GUCAAUCAGUCAAUGUGAGCCGAAAGACAUUACUCUGUGAAUGAAUGUAACAAAUUUGUUUUUAACUUCUAAUAAUUAAUGUUUAUAGUUUUACUUUAUUUUAAUUAUUAAAAUCUAUAUAAGUGAUUCAUAAAAUAAUUCAUUAAAGUUAAGUGAUAACUGUUGGCAUUAUGGCCUCGCAUUUAAGUACAAAGGACAGAUUGCUUUCACUUGUAGAUGACAUAGAAUUAAUAGCGAAAGAAAUUAUAGAGGUAUCUAUUGCACCAAAAUCACAAAAAUUGUCAGCGGCAGAUUUUGCUCAAUUGACUGACUUGCUUCUUUCAAAGGACAUGGAAUUAAAAAAGACACUAGAAUUAGCUGAAGAACAAGCUAAAAUACAGCAAAAAAUGAAUGAGCUUAAAGCAGAAGUAGAUAAUAAGGAUCAAGAUAUCCAUCAUCUUCAGAGGCAACUAAAGGAUGCUGAACAAAUUUUAGCUACAUCUUUAUACCAAGCAAGACAAAAACUUGCUUCAAUUGUCAAAUCCAGAAAAAGACCUGUUCCGUCUGAAGAACUGAUAAAAUUUGCACAUAGAAUUAGUGCAUCAAAUGCAGUCAGCGCACCACUGUCCUGGCAACCUGGUGAUCCUAGGCGUCCAUACCCCACAGACCUUGAGAUGAGAUUGGGUAUGCUUGGUCGCCUCUGUGAUCUGCCACUCAAUGGUCACACACCAUCCACUCUGAAUGAUCUCCAUCGAAUCACUACUGGUGGAGUACCCACUUCAGCAACCAAUCAAUUCACAUGGCACCCGACUGGCGAACUUCAUAUGUCUGUAGGAGGGGGUAAUUCAGUAGCUAUUGACAGUCGGUCAAAGGAUGCACAUACCCAGGAAGAUGUUGAAGUCAUGUCCACCGAUUCUAGUUCUAGUUCCAGUAGUGAUUCACAAUGAACAUGAUAUGUACUGUGGUAAAAGUGUAACAGCAAUUCUAAUGGACUAUUAUAUAUUAUUAUAAUAUUGUACAUAUUGUACAAGCUAAGAAAGACUGUCACUUGUGUAUUUUGUACCUUUAGUGAAAUUAUAACUUGAUUUACUUAUAUAAAAAUACCUAUCAAAUAAAGAACCUAUA